CCUUCAACCUCUCCACACACACACAGACACACAGAGAGAGAGAGAGAGAGAGAGGAAGAGAGAGCUAAACGACUGACUGGAGGUUCAUCCAAGCGCGCAGGACGCACAGACUGAGUUGCACAAUCAGCUCUCCAAAGGGACUCCAAAAAAAAAAACAACCUCAGCAGCUCCUUCACUUCUUCUCUGCAAGUGGAUUUUAUUUGCACCUCGAAAGACUCGAAAGCUCGGAUUUUGAGGAGCUUGUUUUUAACAAAAAACAAAUAUAUAUUUGUACUUGUGAAGAGAUGCAUCGGUGCACAGCGGUGCUACUGUUGUUAGUGGUGGCCUUAUACGUCCUGAGUGCAGAAGCCUACAAGUGCAGGUGCACCAGAAAAGGACCAAAGAUCAGAUAUAAGGAUGUGCAGAAGCUGGAGAUCAAACCCAAACACCCGUUCUGCCAAGAGAAGAUGAUCUUUGUGACGAUGGAGAACGUGGCUCGGUUCAAAGGUCAGGAGUAUUGUCUUCAUCCCAAACUUCAGAGCACCAAGAAUCUGGUCAAAUGGUUCCGCAUCUGGAAGGACAAGCACAGGGUGUAUGAAGCCUAAAACCUCUGCGACCCCGCACAUGUGGAUCAAGUGAGACAAAAAAAAAAGACGACAACACCACCAGGACUGUUUUUUUGCAAAGUACAAGAUGUAAUCUUCAAUCAGACUGUACUUCUUCCCUCUUCUUCCUGAGAUCUGUCAAGCACAUAAAGAGAUAUCUUUAGUUCGUAUAUAUAUAUAUAUCUAUAUAUACAUAGAUAAAUAUAUAUAUAUAUAGAUAUAUAUAUAAGAUGGUGGGCUCGUUUUAGAUACAGUCACUUACCACUCCAGUCUUUACAACUGUAGUUAUACUUGUCACAUAGUGGGCGAGCGACCACCAUCUGUGUUCAGACAGCUGUAGGUUCGUUCAGUUGUUACUUAAAGGGACUUCUUUUUUGCUUUUAGGCUUCUUUCAAAGUGAAGAGUGUAAAUCUGAAGACAAACUUUCCUUUGAAAAAAAUACAGUGUGGGUGUUUCUGUUAAGAUUUUCACUGCUCUGGUAUUCACUAUGACAGGUAGGACAUUUGUACAAUGCCAACAUUUAGGAUCUGAUCACCUGUAAACGGUAGCAAUACAGUUUCUCAAUCUGUAUUUAGAGGAGUGGCAGUCAGUGUGCGGUUACAUAUAAUACAGAUUGUUCAGUCAGAUGGAGGAGAUCUACCACUGUUUGUGAGUGUGUGUGUUUACCAUGUACAUGCUUGUCAUAUGUGUCAAACAAACACACUACUCUGCUGCACCCAUUUUUGUGAAAUAUUAUCAAAUUAACUGGCAGGGUGUAGUUUCAAUAGAUAUUAAAUACAAUAUCACAUAGUUCAUUUGUGCCAUUGCUACAUACAGUACAGUCUGGACUUCAUUAAAAUAUUUGAUUAUUAAAGGGACAGUGUGUAACAUUUGAGGGAUCUACUGUAUAUCCCAUUUGGGGGAUCUGAAACUGCCGUAAUGUGAGUCGCAGACUGCAAAACCCUAGUACCACCAGCCACAGUCUGACUUCUGUUAUUAUAGUAAGGAUGACCUCUGAGCGAGGCGAAGAGCGUUACCACGGUUUUGUACUCGGUGGCUCACGUUACUCCAGUCUUGGAAAGGGAGGAGUGAGCGGAGGAGUAUUCAGUUGGUUGCAAUCUGCAACCACACCACUAGAUGGCACUAAAUCCUACACACUGUCCCUUUAAAUACACUAAGAAAGGAAGACUGUCUGCAGUUUACAUCAACAAAGGACUAUCUGUUUUUGUAGUUCCACCUCUUGAAAUAAAUGUAUAAUGAAGCAAUAUCUCAUACAAACUGCCUACAUAACGACUGUAUUGAGCUGUUAGCAUCCUUAAAGGAAAAAGGCUGGUGGUGAUAUUCUAGUCUUUUGUUAAUGUUAACCAUAAAAAUAUUCAAAAUCUACCACGUCUGUGGCACUCAGCCCCAAGCCCAUUCAUUCCUACUGAAUAUGUGCAUUUUUAAAUACUUUCACUUUAAAAAAAAAAGGCUAAAUAACUCCCUAAAAAAGCAGGGCACUGUAGAUUUGAUCAAAUGUCACUCAAACUGGAGUAAAUGGUAUAUUUGUUUUGUUGGGGACUAUUUUUCAGCUGCGGAUUAAUACACAUUUGGUGCUCAACUGAGUUUUUUUCGCUGCAGAAGGUGACUUCAAAUAAACUACAGUGACCAUGUUUACGGUAAGAAAGAAAAUGUGGCUCAUUGUUUCAUUAUGUUGAGAAAUAAGCUGCUGUAAGGGGACAAUGUGCCUGAAAACUUUAGCAGCCGGAGUCAUACUUACUGUCCACAUACAAAAGAACACCCAUUAAGGUUAUAUUUAAAUGUAUGUCAGGCAUUUCAUUUGUACUCCUAAUGAUCAUUUCACUGUCUCCUACGUGGGUGAUGAUGCUCUUUUACGAUCUUAUCUCUCCUCCAGUAGAUCUACUGAACUAUAGCUGUCCAACGUGUUAUUAUUCUGUAUGCUGUGGACACACUUUGUAAUAAUGACUGUUGUUUUGUUGCCACCAAACAGAAUUCACACAAAAAUAUAUCUGCAUAUAUAUAAAAACACCACAUUUUCUUUACCUUUUGAAGAAUGUGCAUUAUUCUUGUUUUAUAUCUUAUAUAUCAAUAUAUAUAAAGAAGCAUUUUGUAAAUGGACCAGUAUAGCCUAUAUGUUAGUCAGAAUGAAUUCACAUUAUAGUGUCAUGUAUAUUGUAUUACUGCAUUAUAGUUGUUUUUGCUAUUUAAAUCUUGGUUUGGUAACAGAUAUUUGGAGGGUGAGUGUUUGAACCAGCCCACCAAACACACAGUUAAACAUUCCUGUGAGUGUAAAACAAUAAACAGCAAUAAAGUGUCUAUAGAGC